UCUUACAUAUCAUCGCUUCCUUUCACUGUGCCUUUCAAAAUAAGAGCCAGUCACUUCUGCUUUGGUAAUAAAUAAAUGAAAAAAGUUUAAAUUCGUCAUUUUUAUAAAAUAAAAUACAUACAUAAAAUGUCCCACAACGUUCGCAAAACACUAGCGAACGUUGCUUUAACACGAAGUAGUCGCACAAUUUACCGCACGUUCUCAGAGUAAAUCGGGCUUCCGGUUGAGAUCAGUGACUUCCGUGUUUACUCGGGACGAUGCUAGUCUUGUUGCUAACAACAAACUGUAUCGAGUCCUUUCUUGAAAGUCACGCGGUUUUAUUUACGUCACAUUUUCAUCUUUCUCAAAUGCGGAACCGCUGCUAAUGCAUGCUAACACUGUUAGCAUCGGCGUACGAGCGCGUUAGCUCCUGUUAGCCUCCUCAAGCUUCUAUUAGCUCAUGGGUUGGUUCCGUUCGCUCAUGUUAGCUAACAGCGGUGCGUUAAAGCACAGCUGCCGUAAACAACGGGACACACACACACACACUGGACACGAACUUCCGGUCAGUGUUAGCCGUUAGCUCGGCUCAAAGCUAACGAACAGAAUGAUGAAGCAGGAGCGGCUGCGUGAAGACAAACGCCCUCUAGCGGACUGUUCUACAGACAUCCAACAUCUGCUGCUGAUCAAAGAAGAGCUUCACACUGAGAUGAUGACCCGUCCAGAUCAGGAGGAGCCAGAGAAUCCUUACAUCAAAGAGGAACAGGAAGAUCUGUGGACCAAUCAGGAGGAAGAGCAGCUUCAUGACACGGAGGAGGCUGAUGAUGGAAAGUUCUCACUCACUGUUGUUCAAGUGAAAACUGAAGAUGACCCAGAGAGUCCUCACAUUAAAGAGGAACAGGAAGAUCUCUGGACCAAUCAGGAGGUUCAUGGCAACAAAGACUCGCUCUCUAUCGUCCACGUGAAGACGGAAGACGAUGAAGACGAACCUCAGUCCUCACAGCUUCAUCGAAGUCAACCUGGGGACAGCAGAGAGGCGGAGCCUCCAGACACUGAUGGAGAUGAUCAUCUCUACUCCGAUAAAGAAGACAACGAGACUUCAGACUCGUGUGAGACUGAAGACAGUGAGGAUUAUGAGAAGGAGACCAGAGCUCCUGGCCAACGUCAGCCUCACGGACACAAACAGAGAUUUUCUACAGGAGAGAAACCACAUAGUUGUGAUUUUUGUGGGAAAAGAUUCACAAAGAAGUCUAAUCUUAGGCGGCACACGGUGAUCCAUUUAGAAGAGGAACCGUGUAGCUGUGACGUCUGUGGGAAAGGUUUCACACACAGGGGUUCUCUCAGGAGCCACAUGGGUAUUCAUACAGGAGAGAGACCGUUUGGCUGUGACAUCUGUGGGAAAACCUUUUCAAAAAAGUCAAAUGUCAAGACGCACAUGGUGGUCCAUUCAGAAGAGGAACCAUUUCGCUGCGAUGUUUGUGGGAAAGGAUUCACACAGAGGGGUUCCCUUAAGAUUCAUAUGAGAGUUCAUACAGGAGAGAAACCGUGUGGUUGUUAUUUCUGUGGGAAAACGUUUCGACAGACGAGUGCUCUCAAGACGCACAUGAUGAUCCACACCGGAGAGAAACCGUGUAGCUGUGGUGUUUGUGGGAAAAGUUUUACAAAGAAAAGUGACGUCACAAGACACAUGAAGGUCCACACAGAAGAGAAACCACACCGGUGUGAGAUGUGUGGGAAAAGAUUUAAAGAGAAGUAUACGCUGAAGAGUCACAUGAUGAUCCAUACAGCAGAGAAACUGUGCAGCUGCGACAUCUGUGGGGAAAAGUUUAAACUCAAGAAAUCAUUUGAGAAGCACAUGAGAAUCCACACAGGAGAGACACCACAUCGCUGCGACAUCUGUGGGAAAAUAUUUGCCAAGAAAAGCACUUUAAAGACACACCUGAUGGUCCACACUGGAGAGAAACCGUACGGCUGUGACGUCUGUGGGAAAAUGUUUACAAAGAAAAGUUCUUUAAAGACUCACACGAUGAUCCACACGGGAGAGAAACUCUGCAGCUGUGACGUCUGUGGGAAAAGUUUCACAAAUAAGAGCAGUUUUAAAAGACACAUGACGAUUCACAGCCGAGAGAAAUCAUGAAGCUGAAACGUCGCUGUUUCAUCACUCAUCACGUCAUUCACCAAGUUUCAGGAAACCGCGCACGUGUAGUCCACGGUUUGGAAACGGGUAGGUGGAGUAUAAGCCCCGCCCCCACCGAGCAGAAAAAACACUUUGACAACAGAAGAAGUCGUCGCCAAGGAAACAGCACUAUGGAUCCGAAAGAUGACAGGCUGGAGGAGAAGGUGAGGAGGUACAAUCACCUGUACAACUCGUCACUCCGGGAGCAGAAACGGCACAGACCUGGGUCUCGUCGGCAGAGGUGGACGAUCCUGCGGGACAAGUUUGUCAAGACAAAGAAGACGAAGGUGAACUAUCAGGUGUCGCGAAACAGAACACGGAACGUUCACGACAUUCAUGCUUCCAGGUCGCUGGUGUUCCUGCUUGGACUCUUCUUCUUCUUUAGUAGGAAUGCAUCAUAUGUCCUGCGCCCAGACUUGUACCGCCACCCGAUGGUGAAGUGGGAUACUGCAGGCCUGACCCUGACACGCAGAAGUAGAGUCAGUGGUUUCAGCUUUGACAUGUUUUGUAAAACCUGGUUCCUGAGCAGAUUUACCACGGUUGAAAUGUUCAUGUGCAAAGAUAAAUAAAUAAAUAAAUAAAUAAAUGUGCCUGAAACGGAAACACGUUGUGACUGAACGUGACUCCUCGCGUGAUGUUUACAUGCAGGAGUAAUCCGACUAUGAAUCACAUGAUCCAGGUAUGUUAGUCCGACUAAGACUAACGUGUUUACGUAAGAAAAGUGAAUUAUUGUCUUUCAACACGUCCAGUAACAAUCACUCCUUUAUUUUACCGUUAGUUUUUGUCUCUGAAUCUGAAACAAUGAAUGGGAAUAAAGUGGAAAGUUGAAGGUUAGGAUCAUAAGUAUUGUACAGCAGCAUAAUGUGAAAACAAAGCUCUCACCAGUUACUGCAGGGCUCGAGAGGCCACGCCCCCUCCACACGUGUGCGUUCCUCUGUCACAUGACAUCAUGAAGCUACUUUUCCUCUCCACUGCCCCCUGCUGUUGUGAUUCUAUACAAAUAAAACUCAGUUGAACUGAA